AAUGUUUCUACUUCCCCUAAGUAUCUCUCUAGUUCACCUGAACGCCCUCAAUUCCAUUUAUCCCUAUAAUCAUGGUCUUUAUAGACGCACUCUUAGGCUUCCGGACUAAGUCAAGGUAAUCAAGAGCCAACUAUACAUAAUGGCACAUCUUCCUAUCGCUGGUCGCAAGUCCGUCGGUAGCCUGGACGACGAUCAGUUCUAUAGCGCACAUUCAAGCCGUAUAGCCAGUCGGCACGCCAGCUUAUCAACUGCACCACGCAAUCUCCAGGAUGAAACAGCCCACGCCGCGAUGCCCUCGGAGCCCCUCGUCUCAAUUUGUCAACCUGGCCGCUCCAUCCCCGAGUCACCACCAGAAGUCCUGAGUCCGCCACUAGCACGUGCGCCGAAGUCGAGAUGGGCCAUUCCCUUUUCCCUGCGUCAUCAACACAAUCCUAAACAUCGUCAUUUUUGUCCGAAGCCAUUAGGCCGCCGCUUGCAUAGGACAUUCCACGGUACAUCAGACAGUAUUCCGUUACUCCAACCACUUAGGAGUGAGUCGGGUAUAGAUGCGAUCGAUUUUACGAAGCCCUUGAUCUCGUCCCCUGCGUCUCCGGUUGUGGACCGCUGGAGCUCGGUGUACACUGGAAGCCACUCUCCUCGUUCGGAAAGAUCAUAUUCCUCGGACCUGAUUACCAUAGAUCAACGGGGAACAGAUGCCAUCGUUUCUACGAUCAGAGCCUAUUUGUCCAGUAGAGGGCACGAUGAUUGUUCACCGCGGAUAGGUGCAUCAACUGCUAAUGAAAAUUACCCCCCAUCAAAAUUCCAGACGGUUCAGGACGCUCUCCGAGAAGGCCGCUUAGAUACCGAUGAGACGACUGUAGAUAAGUAUCUAGUUACUACGAGCGAUAUUGCGGGAAUCUUAGAUAUCGUUAUUUCUGGCAUUCGCGGUAUUCAUCGUGGCCGCUACGCAGCCAUAUGUCUUUCGAUGCUGCUGCCCAAGGAAUCUCUACCGAAGCCUUCUCCUAAGAUCACGGCAAUCGUCCCUGGGUCACCCACCAUUGCUGAUCCAGCCACAACAAUCAGCUCCGUUCAACCUUCCUUUAGCGUCGCUGGAUGUUCUGGCAACCAUAGACAUUAUCUCGAUGCCUCUAGAACUACAUUUAUAUCUCGGCAGAGUAUUACCGAAGUUAAUUAGGGGCGGUCUUCGGGUAGUACAAUCCAAGAAGCAGAUAGGGAGCUUUAUGCGAGCAUCACCGAAUCGCUAGAGGUCGCUCCUAACGGAUCUACAC